CGCAGUUCGCGUAAUCCUUUACAUCGGUAGAUCCUUGGAUGCUUCGCGAUCGAAGUUACUAUUAAUAGAAGUGCGAAUCAGGAAGCAAGAUCGUAUGGAACAAGAGCUAAGAAAUCACGGCCACGAGACUCCAACCGCCGAAUUGCAGAUUGGAUGCUGGACAUUAUGCGGAUCGCCACGGCCCAUGCCGAGGUCGGCCGAAACGAGCCGAGCCAGGUCGAGUGAAGUCACGCUAACGAGCGGACGACGAGCGUGUUUGUCUGGAUGCUGCGCGACGCGGAGUCGAGAUAAAGCCCCGAGCUGAGCGGAUGCGCCUUUUCGGAGCAGCGGGUGACGAUGCGACUGCAGCCGAACGCCCAUUCAGUAGCGGACGCGGGUUAAACGCCAAGCGUCUCCAGCGUCAAGCGUCGACAGGAUCAGGAUCGGUCAGCGUCGUCGCCAACCGCCUCGUUUCCUCGCGCGUGUGUGCGCCGCGUCCUUCCCGGCUGGCCCGCGCGCGUGCAUGGACGACACGCGCGCACGAGCCGACGAGGAUAUAGCCCUGGAUUCGUGCCGCUUACGCUCGUCCGCUCGGCUCGGCAUCGCCGCGAGCACCGCCGCUGCAGCCGUUGCUGCCACUGCUGUCGCAGCGAGCACCACCACCUCCACCACUUCCUCGACCGUCGCAGCCACCUGCCGUGUCGCGAGACGCAAGAGGAAGAAGAGGAGGCGUCAACGGCUCCCUACAAGCAACGACGACGCGACCGGCGUCGCCGUCGCCACCCGCAGCAGCGUUAUCAAUACACCGAGCGGUAACGCUGCCGUAACCGUGAAGACCGCGGCCGACGCCGACGCCGACGCCGACGCCGUCGUCGUCCUCGAGCCCGACGCUGACGCUGCCAACGCAGCUACCGCGGGGCUGUCAGACUCGGUGGCGGCGCGGGUCGAUAAACCGAGAAGCCGCCACCUCGCCUCGGAGCAGCACACGGCCGCGGCCACCGGGUCAGAAGUCCAGCUACGCGUCGGAGGAAGCGGCACGCGUGCGGCGGCCGCCUCCUCCGUCGGCACCGCCGGCGUCACGCUUCUCAAUCGACGGGCCGGCAAACGCUCGCCACGGCGAUGCAACGCCGCCGGCGGCCGUAGGAGCGCGAUGACGAUGGACCUCCAGCGGCUCAUCAGCGAGGUGCACGCGAGACCAGCUAUCUGGGACCAGAAGAAUGUCAACUAUCACAAUCGCGACGUCAUAUUAAAGAUGUGGCGGGAGAUCGCGAGGGCCUGCGAGGUGUCGACUGACGUCGCCAAGUCUAAAUGGAAGCACCUGCGUGACAACUUUAGGAACGAGUUGAAAAAGACCUAUCGGGGUAAAUGCGAUGGUGGCGGCGGCACCGAGCACGACUCCAAGUGGGUCUGGUUCAAGAGUCUGUUCUUCCUUCGGGACCAAAUGAAUUCCAGAGUGAUUGGCUGCGCCUUGUCGCAGAACUGCGUCGGGACGAUCGGUAUGCGCUCCUCGCCGGAUGGCACACAGAUCGAGCCGCAGAUCGACAUCCUCGAGGGCCACGAGGAGACGCAGUUCGACGAUCUGGAUGGCGAUUCCUGCCAGUCGUUGCUGUCCAAUGACGAUGGGCUGCAUCAGGUGAUGCCGCCGCCGAAGAUGAGCAAGGUAAUCGGCCGGAAGCGGACGCUCAUGGACGCGAUCGACAAUGAUUACGGCGUGGAGGUGGAUCGAAAGCGAUACGAGUCGUUGCAGAAGAGGCUGGCGAUCGGGUCCGAGGACGAGGACGAUACCUAUCACUUCCUUAUGAGCGUUCGGAAUCCCUUGAGAAGUCUGCCGCUCGACAGGCAGAUGUUUGUUCGGCUCAAGAUCCAGGAACUGGUCUACAACGAGAUCAAUUCGCAGAAUCAGCAGCAGCAGACGACGAGCCGCGGCGUUUACGAUACGUCAUCCUCGCAGGGCCAGGAUGUGAAGCCGCCGCGAACCGGCAACGGCGGCAACGGCGUUGUCGGCGGCGACGUCAUCAACGACAUGUCGAAUACGACGCCGUUGCUGCAGAAUUGCACGCCCGAGGGCUCCAGCGACGACGCAUUCUUCGGCUGACAAGAACUCGUCGCGAUUUAAUUCGCUUAUAGAGACGUAAGGAUUAUAAUUUUAUUGAUAAAGAAU